UUUCUCUCUGAUUCUACCAUUGUUCCUCGUUUAACGUUAGAUUUUGUCUUGGAGAGCUAGAAGAUAUGACGACGGCAGCUAGACCUACUUGGGCACCUGCUAAAGGUGGCAACGAACAAGGUGGAACUCGGAUAUUUGGUCCAUCUCAAAAAUAUUCUUCAAGAGACAUUGCAGCUCAUACAACAUUAAAGCCCAGAAAGGAAGGACAAGACACCCAGGAUGAGUUGCAGAAGAGGAACCUACGGGAUGAGUUGGAGGACCGUGAGCGGAGGCAUUUCUCUAAAGAUAAGGGUUAUAAUGAUGACAGAGAUCGUAGGAAAGGUAGUCAACUCUUUUUGGAAGGAUCUAAACGAGAGAUUGAAGAUCGUAUUGUUCCACGGAGUGCUGAUGCUGAUGAUGCUGAUGUGAAUGUCAAGAGUGAUGAUGAGAGUGAUGAUGAUGAUGAUGACGACGACGAAGAUGAUACAGAAGCUCUCUUGGCAGAACUUGAACAGAUAAAGAAAGAAAAAGCAGAGGAGAAACUUCGGAAAGAAAGGCAAGAGCAAGAAGAAGAGCUUAAAGCAAAGGAGGCAGAAUUAUUGAGAGGAAACCCUCUGUUAAACAGCAACCAGCCAACAACUUUCAGUGUGAAGAGAAGGUGGGACGAUGAUGUGGUUUUUAAGAACCAAGCUCGUGGUGAAAUGAAGGCAACCAAGCGCUUUAUCAAUGAUACUAUCCGCAAUGAUUUUCACAGGAAGUUUCUUCACAAGUACAUGAAGUGAAACACGUCUCUGAAAAAUGCUCCAAAUGGCCAAUAUUGUGUGUCCAUUCAUGCUUAGCAUGCAGUGUACCAUCAACUUAAUCGAAGCGAAUUGAACUGUUUUGUUGUGUUUUGUUUACUGUAGUGUGUAUGUAUUAUCCUGUUAACAAGCAUUUAUGAUCCUUAAGUUCUAUGUCACGAUAAGUACCGUGACAUUGCCAUAUUGACUAAUAUGCAUUUGCUGUGAUUAAACCAAAUCGCUAUUUUUCAUCUUUC